AGUUUAGUACUCGAAGAGCAUUAAUUCUAUAUCGACGUCGCUAUAAUUGCGGUCAGAUAAGAAAUAUCUACAAAAAAAAACAAAAGCAAACAAACAAAAAUGUUUAAAUUAAUUGAGGUGAAACCACAACGAUAUCCGACAAAUUUAUUAAACAAAGAUUGGUCAAAACGUAUUAUACACCAUCGUGAAGAUCGUUUGGAUUUUCUGCAAAAAGUCCAUGAACUAGAGAUCUUCGAUGAUGAUGUUUGGCUGGUGACAUUACCGAAAUGUGGCACUACUUGGAUGCAGGAAUUAUUGUGGUUGGUCAUGAAUGAUUUCGAUUUUGAGACGGCUCUUAAGACUGAUUUGGAAUUUAGAUCACCAUUUAUGGAAUUUGAGUAUAUAGUCAAUGAAAAUCUAGAGACUGCCUUUAAACCUUUGGAACAAUUAUCCAGACCCCGACUGAUUAAAACUCAUUUAUGUUUACCCUUACUGCCAGCACAAAUUUGGGAUAAAAAACCUAAAGUAAUUUAUGUUGCCCGCAAUAUAAGAGAUGCCUAUGUAUCCGAAUAUUAUCAUACACGCAGUUUAGGCGUUUCCAUGGAUAAAACCAUUGAUGAAUACAUUAAUGCACAAAUGGUGGGACCCACUAUACAAGAACCAUUUUCAAAUCUAACUGAAUUCUAUUCGUUACGCAAUGAGUCAUGGUUGUAUUACACUAGUUUUGAACGUAUGAAACUUGAUUUGCGACAAGUCAUAAUGGAGGUCUGCAGCUUUCUAAACAAAACUAUAACGGAAGAGACUAUGGAGAGAAUGUUGAAACAUUUAUCGUUUGAAGAGAUGAAAAAUAAUCCAAAAACAAAUCAUAUUUGGGAAUUUCAACAAGUUAGAAAGAAGUUGGGUUUACCCUACGAACAUCAUAAUUUUGUGCGUAAAGGUCAAGUUAAUGGUUAUAAAGAAGAAUUAUCUGCUGAAAUGGUAGAUAAAUUGGAUAAAUGGGUUGUUGAGAAUUUGAACAAGUAUAACGUUACCAUGGAUGAACUGUUGCUGCUGAAAUGAUGUUUAAAUUAAUAAUGAAAUUUGAAAUUUUUUAUGUUUUCUAUUGAGAUUAUGUGUUCAUUAGCUUUUUCAUUAAUAAAUGAAAACAAGUAGGAAAGUAUAGUCGGGCAUGGCCGACCAUAUAAUACCCUACACCAUGAGUAUA